AUGAAAAGUUUGGUGAGAUCAUACUUUUGGUGGCCAGGAAUGGAUAAAGAAAUUGAAAAUAUCACGCAAAAUUGCGACAAUUGUCUUAAUGUUAGGCAAAAUCCACCAAAAUCUAUUUUAUCACCGUGGAAAUGGCCAGAAAAACCGUGGACUAGAGUACAUUGUGAUUUUCUUGGACCAUUUCAAAAUAAAUAUUUCUUUAUCUUUGUUGACGCAACCACAAAAUGGUUGGAAGUAUUUCAAGUAAAUUCUAUGACACCGCACAUUGUUAUUCAAAAAUUUUCAGAAACUAUAGCACGAUUUGGCAUUCCAAAAACAAUAACAUCAGACGGCGCAAAAUGUUUCGCAGGGUUUGAGUUUCAAGUAUUUUGCAAAAAUCUAGGCAUAAGACACAUGACAGGCGCACCAUUUCACCCAGAAUCAAACGGUUGUGCGGAAUCAGCAGUCAAAAAAAUAAAAAAUUUCUUUAAAAAAUGUUCGACUGCACAAUCCCAAUUAAAUAAAUUUCUUUUAAUGUAUCGUAACACACCGCACUCUACAACACGAGAAACGCCAGCUCAGCUAAUGUUAGGUCGAUCAACACGUUUACAAUUUGACGCAUUAAUGCCGAAUACAAGUGAAGUGGUUAUCGAACGACAAAUAUCACAAAUAAACAAUGGUGGUAAUAGGACCGUAUCAUUUAAUAUAGGCGAUUAUGUCUUAGCUAGAGAUUAUAGGAAUAAUAACAAUAAAUGGCAAAAAGGUAAAAUUAUUAAAUCCAUUAGUUGCAAUACGCAUGGUGUAGAACUCGAUGAUGGAACUAUUUGGAAAAGACAUAACGAUCAAUUACUUAUUGAUAAAUCACUGACACCAGCGAGUAAAUCUAUUUCACUUAUACACCCGUUAGAAACAUGA